AUGGCUGCACUACUUAAAAAAAGAGCAUUAGCCGAAUACAAUAAAUCUUUUCAAGAUGGUCCGUCAUCAAAAAAACUGCAUUUGGCUAAGAAACCUUUGAUAGGUAGCUCUGCAGCUGCUUUUGUAGGACUCUUGGAAAAAUGCAAAUCAAGUGAAGAGGCUCUUCAGUUACUACUGAGGAUAUCGGAUUGCUUACAGUUCCAAGAAUCGGAUGUAGAAGAAGCUAUCAAAAAGCUGUCGGAACAUUUCCAAUCAGAAGAGGAGUCUGUUGUUAGAGUUAAAAUAUUGUGGCUGUAUUGUGACAUUGGAUUAGAGUGUCCAGGUGCUAAUCUGAACAAUUUAAUCGAAGAGACAAUACAUUUAAUUAAAAAUGAAACAUCACACAAGGUUAUAGCACAAGGCAUCGCAACAUUACUAAAGUUGGGUUCUAAGUUAAGCGACGACAAAAUUCUUAUGAUGCGCCUUGUAAAUGUGGCAAAGGACAACCUUAAAGAUACAAGUCAUUCUGUGAAAUGCCGGUCUCUACAGCUUAUUAGUGAACUAUAUCCAAUUUACCCAGAAUCAGAUAGAACACAAGAUAUGACAGUGGAAGCAGAUGCUAUUGUGAAAUUAUUGGGAGAUUAUUCAAAUGCUGAGGAUGCAAGAGUUAGAUGUGAAGCAUUUCAAUCACUAUUAACAUUACAUGAGAGAGGUCAAACAUUGAAUGCAUCUUUAUACGAGCAUGUAUGUGAAUCUUUGUCUGAUGAUUAUGAAAUUGUGAGGGAAGUUGCUCUUAGACUGGUUUGGCUGCUGGGAAAUAAGUAUCCAGAGAAUUCAAUAACAUUGCCUGAUGGUGAAACAACCAUCCGCAUGGUUGACGAUGCAUUCAUACGCAUUUGUUCGGCGGUGAACGACCUGUGUAUGCAAGUGCGGGCAUUGGCAUGUUCUUUGCUUGGAAGCACCUGUGCAGUAUCCGAUCGCUUCUUACUGCAGACGCUUGAUAAACAGCUCAUGAGUAAUAUGAAGAAGAAGCGCACGCUGCACGAGCGCGGUGCGGAGUUGGUGCGGUCGGGCGCGUAG